AUGGAAAAAAUCCGCCAACAUCUCUCACGGCGUCGAAGCAGUAACUCCAGUGCCUCACUGCGAUCUCCGACCUACUAUGCCAGCACCAACGGAGACAAACGCAGCAAGAAUUCCUCUCCCCGCCAUCUCAUCUUGACCUCCAACACGCUCGAUUUCGACCAGAGCAUCAUCCGUCGUUUCCAGGCGGAGGGGUUCGAUGUCGAGUACAUUCCGUUCUUGGGAGGUAAUGAGGAUCCAGAGAGGGAUCGCAAGGAACUGGAGAAUCGCCUGCACGAGCGAGAGGAUGAUUUGGAACCGGGGGAGAGAUAUGCAGUCGUUGCAUACAAUCGUCCGGCAUUUCUGCUUCUCGCAUCCCAUCAUCAAUCCACCACGACGACGAAUCCAUUUCCUCGACUCUGCGCCCUGGUGACCUACUACCCAGACAACCCCUUUGCAACAAAGGAAUAUGACCAGUCCAAUCUUGCUCCAUGUGUUCCUCCCGCGACAAACGGCACCUCAUCAUCCUCGACCUACUCCCCCCUCUCUCUCCUCCCCGUCCAAAUCCACCUCGCAGACCACCAAAGCUCUUCCUUCUGGGACAACUACAGCAACAACCCUAACAAAAAGCGCCACCGCUGCCACGUCUUCUUCUACCCAGAAUCCGAGGUGGGAUUCGCCGAGCCCUCGGGGAAAUACUACGACCGCAUCAGCUCCCGACUUGCCUGGAGCCGGGCGUUGGAUUGCGUGAAGCGUGGAUUCGGGGCCGGGGGGUCGAGCUGGACCAUCCCCGACAUCGAGACCGUGUGGGAGGAUUACUGGAGGAAUUUACAGUUUGAUAGCUCGAAGCAGGCCGAUGCGGACCGUCAUGCCGAUCAGGCGUUGCAGAUGAUGGUCGGGAGUAGUGGGGAGCGGAGUUCGCAUGAUCAGCACGAUGAUCAUAACGGGGCCCCGGUGGUUAAUUGUGUUCCGACUAUGGUUGGUGGAUCCGACCGCACCUCUCUCUCAACCUUCUACACAACCCAUUUCUACCCAUCCGGCCCCCCAUCUCAGCAUAUCCGUCUUCUCUCUCGAACUGUAGGCCCAGACCGUAUCGUUGACGAAGUCAUCGUUUCAUUCCGCCACACCGAAGAAAUCCCCUGGAUACUCCCCCACGUCCCACCAACCGAUCGCGACGUGCGGGUACCGCUCGUCAUGACGGCCAGCUUCUGCGCGGGUAAACUGGCUCAGCAGAAUCUGUACUGGGAUCAGGCGAGUGUGCUGGUGCAGGUUGGAUUGUUGGAUCCGAUGCUCAUUCCGGGUGGGUUCAAGGCUACGGGGAAGACGAGAGAUGGGAGGGAGAUGCCCGGGCGGUUACCGGUAAUUGGAGUUGAGGGGGCAGAGAGGGUUUUGAAUGGAUAG